AUGGCUCACACUUUCGCACGCACUCUCAAGAAGAUCCAAUCCACUAGUCAAACUACUGCACACGUUAGGCGUAUUCAAUCCUACCCAUCAUCGCAAGCUCUGUCAUACUUUCCCCUUCAGUAUGGCUUGCAACAGUCGCAACAAGUCCGUCAUCUGUCUGCAUGGACUCACGCAAGAACGAGCCGAAGGACCCACAUGAUUGGAACCAGGAAUAUCAUUCCUUGCAUUUCUGCCUACUGCCAGCAUAGUUCUCGUCGGUCCAAGUAUAAGUCCGCAGGGCCUUUGUCUAAGAGAUAUCGCAGGCUUCGUGUGGACCUGCACAACGAGGAAGACUUUACAUACCCGCUUAUUGCAAGCUAUGUACAGAAUCCCAGUCUUGCCUCGACUGUAGAGGAGUUCGUGAUUGAUGAGCAUUCCUAUCCGGGUUCCUACGGUACAGGGGAGGAUAACUUAUGGAGACCCAUUGUAGGGCCAAUCGCGCCCGAGACUUCAUGUUCAGUCCCCAGAAGUGCCCACGAUUCCAUCGUGGCUUACAUCAAGUCCUUGGGCCUGGGCGAUGCAACCGCGGAUCAGAUGAUCCAAGCCUUUGAGUGGAAGAGACGGAAGCUUUCCGGUCCUUUGUGCGGUGGUCAUCGGACUGGGUGUUCCGGACUAGAUGAAUUACGAGAUCUUCACUAUGUCUCUGCCGCCACGGUCAUACUCCUGGCCCUCUGCGAAAAUAUCCGCAUCCUCUACAUGGGUGGUGUAAGGCACGAGACGCCGCUACAUCAAUUCCUCCUCAAGAACAACUAUGAGCUGCUACAUCAUCCGGUAUUGCGCAACGUCAAGUGUGUUGAAAUCAUCCCUUCUUGCUACACUAGGUGGAAUUAUGAUGGAGUCUAUUAUGAUCUCGAGUUCAUGGAGUACUUCAAAUACUUUCAUCGACUGCCGAAUUUACAUACAGUGACCAUGGAAGGUAUAGGCGAAUACCAAGCUGAGAGUUGUGUGUUUCCGCCUGCGACAUCGAACUUGAAAAAGCUACAUAUUGGUCACACCGAUAUGAGCAGUUGGAUGUUUCGUGGGAUACUGAGCAUUCCAAAGGCUCUGGAGGAGUUGAGUAUCUCGGAGGGAGGUUUCAGCCAUAUGGAUGGCGGAAACUCUAUCUUAUACCCGAAGCAUUUGAGGAUGGCUUUAUUAGAACACAGAGAGACCCUGAGGGUUCUGGACCUAGACCUUGGCAGGUGUUUGCCCGAGAUCGACUCGACUUGGGCCAGAAAUGCAUACUACAAUACGCCGGCGUCGUCUAUUGACCAUGGCCACGGGUCUUUCUGUGCGGAAGUGUACCAAGAGUACCAGGACGAUGAGUACUUUCGUCUUGAUCUAGCAAAGAGCAAACGACCACUUUAUGCCAAUAAGGUGCCAGAUACUCAAAAAUAUGGCUACACAAUCGGAUCCUUGCACGACUUCAUAUCAUUGACACAUCUAAGCAUCAAUUUCAGGCUGCUAUUCGGGCCGUCAAAAGAGCAGGACAACGAGAAUCCUGCGUUGUAUCUUUAUCCGAAUCCGAUCCGGCGACUGGCGGAGGAGCCCACUUCUCGGUUGAUUGACACGCUACCACCGAAUUUGGAGUACCUCUGUCUUUACAACUACAACAGGGGGGAAAACAGAGAUAUUGACGAGCAAGUUGAGGAAUUGAUGGAAAAGAGAAACGGCCGCUUACCAAAGCUUCUGGUAGUCAAGGGCGUAGAGGAAGAGGUUGUGGGUGUAACAGCACAGUAUGAUGAUGAAAUUCCCGAGGGUGAGCAUUGGGAACGUCCUGAGGUCGACCUUAGUUGCGUUGAAGUGUGA